AUGACUUCUCGUAGUGGCGAAAAAGUGCAACAAGGUGCCCAUACAAGAUGGCGUUUGACAGGUUUUAUUCCGUAUUUUGACAGGCGUUUCCGUGAAGAGCCAUUCUUCGGUUCUUUCGCCUUUUUUAGACCAUCUCUUGUGCUCGUGGAUUUAGAUGUAAUAAAAACAGUUUUAGCCACAGACUUCACAUCUUUCCAAAAGAAUGAUUUUGAAUUUGAUGAAGAACUGGAGGUGCUGCUGAAUACCAAUCCGUUUGCGUUAUCUGGAGCUAAAUGGAAAAGAGCGAGAAAUCAAGUUAUACCAGCUUUCACAUCGGGACGGAUGAAAGUGAUGUAUCCGUUGAUGACAGAAGUUGCUCAAAAGUUGACCAAGUAUAUAAGUGAACAAAACGAUGCUACAACUUCGACCGGAUUGGAUGCGAAAGAUUUGAGUGAAAAAUUUGCAAUGGACAAUGUAGCUACAUGUGCUUUUGGCAUUGAUGCAGAAUCUUUUACAAAUCCAAAAUCAGAUUUUAUUCGAUUGGGAAGGAAACUUUUCGAAACUACUGCACUUAACAUAAUUAAAUUCAUCAUUAUCUUUAUGGCACCUUGGCUGACUAAACUGCUACGUAUUAGAUUCGUCCCUAAAGAAACUUCUGAUUGGAUGGUAGCAGUUAUUAAUCAAAAUGUAGAAUAUAGAGAAAAAAAUAAUGUGUCUCGAGAUGAUUUCUUGCAAGGAAUGAUGAAUUUGAGAAACAAGACGCAUAUUGAUUAUCAACAAAUGACUGGUCAUUCUUUGUCAUUCUUAACAGACGGUUAUGAAACCUCAAGCGGAGUUCUAGCAUUUGCAUUAUAUGCAGUAGCACACAAUAAGGAUGUUCAAGAAUAUUUACGAAGAGAGAUAGAAGAGGUAUCGGAAAAGUAUGAUGGAUGCCUAAAUUAUGAAGCUAUUAUGGAAAUGCACUACUUGGAAAGAAUAAUAUACGGCAAGUGCACACAACAAUGCACCUUGCAAGGAAAAGGAAAUGAAACUUUGACUAUGGAACCUGAUGAUUCGAUAAUGAUACCAGUUAUGUCUAUUCAUAAUGAUCCAGAAUAUUAUCCAGAUCCAGAAAGGUUUGAUCCUGACCGAUUUACUGAUGAUGAAAAAUCAGCUAGACAUCCUUUUGCAUUUCUUGGAUUCGGAGGUGGUCCAAGAAUGUGCUUAGGAAUGCGAUUUGCCUUACUACAAAUUAAAGUAGCUUUACUGCAUACAGUUAUGAACUAUGAAUUGACUGUAGCUCCGAAAACACAAAAUCCUAUAAAACUAGAUAAGAAGGCCUUUCUAUAUAAAGCAGAGGGAGGACUGUGGAUAAAUUUUAAGAAACUGAAAAAUAAUUAA